AUGUCGGACCCCGCCGCGACGCUCGCUUCCCUCCUCCGGAGCUCGACCAUCCAAGACCACGACGAGGUCCUCAAGGCCGCCAACGCAGCUAUCAAGGCAUCCAAGGGCAACCUGCGUGCCCAGCACACGCGCGUCGUCGCUCUCCUCAAGCUCGACCGCUUCGACGACGCCUUGCGAGCUCUGGCCGAAGGAGGUGACAGCCUGGAGAAGGAAUGUCAGCUCGAGAAGACCUACGCCCUGUACAAGUCCGGCCAGCUUGAAGACGCCCAGAAGGCUGUCGCGUCCGCUCCCGGGUCAAAGUCGCAGCGUGCCUUCCGCCACGUCGCCGCCCAGAUAUCCUAUCGCGCCGAGAAUUUCCAAGAUGCCGCAGCCACGUACCGCAACCUCCUCAACGAAGGUGGCGGCUUGGCUGGCGAGGAGAACGACCUGAAGAUCAACCUGCUAGCCGCGAAUGCCCAGCUUGAAUGGAAUGGCCUCGGCCAUGUGGUAGACGUACAAGAGAGGCAGCCCUCGCGCCAAGAUCUAGAGGCCUUCGAAACCGCAUACAAUGCCGCCUGCGCAUACAUCGCCCGUGGCGACUUCACCCGGGCUUCUGUUCUCUUGAAGCGUGCAAGGGACCUGUGCGAGGCGAGCGAGGAUCUGUCCGCCGACGAGAAGAAAGCGGAACUACUGCCCAUCAUGGUCCAACAUGCCUACGUUCUUAGUCGGUCAGGCAAGAACACAGAGGCGGCGGCCCUGCAGAAAUCCAUCGUCCUAUCCGAAAUACCCGAAGCCCCGACGAGGGCGGUGGCUCAGAACAACCAGGUUGCUAUUGGUGCGGGCGAAAGGAACCCGUACCUUACAAAACGCCUCACCGAGUCGGCAACCGCUCUACCGGAUAGCCAAAAGCUCUUCGAGUACCAGGCUUCUGUCUUGCGACGUAACAGAUACGCCUUGGAACUCCAGGCACAAAAGUUCCAAGGGGUGGAAUCAUCAACCAGAAGCCAGAUUCUUGGCGCAACAAUCCCCACAGCAUCUGUUGAUGUUGCCAACCUCGGUGUCAUCAGCGCCGCUGCCCAUACACGGCUUGGGACAGGCAAAGUAGCGCUGAAACAGAUUCUCCCAAUGCUCGAGAGACGUCCGAACGAUGUAGGACUGCUCCUGACCAUCAUCCAGCUAUACGUCCAGAUGCAGAGCCCUGGGCCAGCACUCGCUCUCUUGGAGACGUUCCUCCAGCGUCUCGAGACGGCGACUGCCCCGGAUCAUGAGGACGUGCGGUUCGCCCCGGGUCUCGUUGCGGCGGCUGUCGCGCUGUACCGACUACAGGGGCGCCAGAACUCGAUACGCAUGGAAUUGGCAAGAGCUUCCGCCCACUGGCGGUCCAGGUCGGAGCCGUCAUCCACCUCUCUACUACGCGAAGCUGGCGUGGAACUCCUCCGGUCCUCUAACCCCGAGGAUCUCGCCGCAGCCGGCGCGACCUUCGAGAAGCUGGUCGCGCAAUCGGAGAAUGACAUGACGGCAAUCGCAGGCCUCGUGGCGUCAUUCGCCACGAGCGACUACGCCAAGGUCGAGCCGUAUCUGCAGGGCCUCACAACGGUGGAAAGGCUGGCCGCCGGCGCCAAUGUCCAGGCGCUGAUCGACGCCGGCGUCGCCGCGAUCCCCGUGCCCGUGCCCAUGAGUAAGAAGCGGGCGGCCGAUGGCGACCCGGAGAAGGAUAAAGCCGUAAAGCGCCGCCGCAAGAAGCGCCUACCCAAAAACUACGAGGAAGGCAAGCAGCCCGAUCCAGAGCGAUGGCUGCCGCUCCGUGACCGCAGCACAUACCGGCCAAAGGGUAAGAAGGGCAAGAAGCGCGCCCAGGAGGCCACUCAGGGCGGCAUGGUCAAGCAGGAAGAGACGCUGGAGCUUGUCGGAGGCGCCGGCGCCGUCAAGGUCGAGAAGGCUACGGGCGGCCAAGGCGGCAAGAAGAAGAAGAAGGGCAAGAAAUAG